AUGUUGACAGUUCCACUUUCCCAAGAAUUAAUAGGUAACUAUAAUAGUUUCCAACCAAAUACUACUACUGCAAGAGAUGGUAUCCCAUUUGGGGAGUAUCUAUUACAGAGAAUCUUAACAGCUGGUACAAAAUCAAUAUUUGGGGUCCCAGGUGAUUUUAACCUUUCUUUAUUGGAAUACCUCUAUACUCCAAGUUUAAUCUCUCAGGGUCUCAGAUGGAUUGGGACAUGUAAUGAACUGAAUGCUGCCUAUGCUGCCGAUGGUUAUUCUCGUUAUUCAAAUAAAAUGAGUUGUCUAAUUACUACUUACGGAGUGGGUGAACUAAGUGCCAUGAAUGGGGUUGCCGGUGCCUUUGCGGAAGACGUUAAGGUUUUACAUAUUGUUGGUGUCACUCGUUCAGUUGACUCUCGUUCUGAUGACUACCAUACACGUAACAUACAUCAUUUAGUACCAAAGUUGAAAGAUUCAAACUUUAUUGGGCCUAAUCAUAGAGUCUAUUCAGAAAUGGUAAGGGAUAAAUUAGCCUGUUCUGUGGCAUAUUUAGACAAUAUUGAGACAGCUUGUGAUGAAGUUGAUAAAGUCAUUUUUGACAUCUAUAAAUAUUCAAAGCCUGGCUAUAUCUUUGUUCCCGCUGAUUUUUCAGAUAUGUUGGUUAACCCCUCCAAUUUAGUUUCUAAUCCGGUAAUCACUUUGGAAAAUGCCAUCCCUGAGGUUCCAUCAUUGGAAUUGGAAGAAGUUACACAACUUUUACUACAAUGCAUUUAUGACAGUAAAACCCCAGCUAUUAUUGGAGAUGUACUGACUGAUAGAUUUGGAUGUGCCCCAGAAUUAAAUAAAUUGAUCAAGAUGACGUCAAUGUGGAAUUUUUCAACAGUUAUGGGCAAAUCAGUUAUUGAUGAAUCAAACCCAAAAUAUAUGGGUCUAUAUAAUGGGAAUGAAGGUAUUUGUUCAGUCACUGAAAGAUUUUUACAAUGUGAUUUGGUUUUACACUUUGGUAUUAACGUAAACGAGAUUAAUAAUGGUCAUUACACUUAUAAAUAUAAUGAAAAUGCCAAAAUAGUUGAAUUACAUCCUGAGUAUGUCAGAUUCUUUGACUUUAAGAUUAAUGAAGAAAAGCUCUUUAAAGGUGUCCAUUUUGUUCCUAUUUUGAAGAGAUUGUUAGAGAAACUUGAGCCAACAAAUUUAAACUUCAACUAUCCAACUAACGUAGCACGAUUCUCUCAAGAAGAAAUUUGUUUACCACAGGAGUCCUCGUCAGAACUUAAAGUUACGCAAACCCAUUUACAAAAUAAGAUCCCUAGUUACUUUAAUGAUGGAGACGUUGUGGUUUGUGAAACAGGUUCAUUUCAAUUUGCACUUCGUGAUUUUAUCUUUCCUUCUCAAUUGAAAUAUAUAUCGCAAGGUUUUUUUCUUUCCAUUGGAAUGGCCUUACCUGCCUCAAUGGGCGUUGGUAUUGCAAUGCAAGAUUUCCCCAAAUCUCAUUUAAUUGCUAAUGGAAAAGAACAUUCAUAUCAGCCAAGAUUAAUUUUAUUUGAGGGUGAUGGUGCAGCUCAAAUGACCGUACAAGAAUUAACAACUAUGCUACGUAACAAGAUCCCAAUUGAAAUUAUCCUUUUGAAUAAUAAUGGGUAUACGAUCGAAAGAGCUAUAAAGGGACCAACGAGAAGUUAUAAUGAUAUUAUGCCUUGGAAAUGGACUAAAUUAUUUGAGGCCUUUGGUGACUUCGAUAAUAAGUAUACCAUGAAUACAUUAGUUGAGACUCGUUCAGAAUUGGAUCGUAUUUUGGAAGACUUGAAGUAUAAGAAGAGAGAUAAUUUAAUAGAACUACUAGAAGUUAAAUUGGAUGUUAUGGAUUUCCCAAAGCAGUUACAAUCUAUGGUGGAUGCAGCAGCCUUCAAAAGAAGUAAAAAAUAA